UGGCUGCCAGUUGAUAGUCGGUGGAGAAGCCUCCGGAAAAUCAUGAAUACUUAUAUCUUCUCCGGCAACAGGCUUGACGCAAAUCAGCAUCUCAGGUCCCAAAAGAUCCAAGAUUUAAUAGCUUAUUGCCGUCGGUGUAGCCAAACAGGGGACGCAGUGAAUAUGGGCCAAGCUGCUUUUGAGACCUCUAUGAAUUUACUUUCGAGUACUAUUUUUUCCAAGGAUGUAGUGGACCCUUAUGCAAAUUCAGAUCCUCAAGGUAUAAGGCGAAGCGUAGGCAAGAAUUUCUAUAAAUUGCUUCAGCAGAUUGAGGUAUUGAUUGAUGAACGGUUGGAGCAAAGGAGGACAUCGCCAACUAGCGAUAGCACUGAUGUUCUUGACGUUUUGCUAAAUACCAGCCAAGAAGAUCCGGAGGCAAUCGACAGAAAUCACAUAGAGCGGUUAUGCCUGUGCAUAGUUAAAGAAACCUUGCGGAUGUACCCAACAGUUCCCUUUAUGAUUCGCAAGGUAGAUCAAGACGCUCAGGCAUGUGGGUACUUUGUCCCUAGAGCCUCUCAAGUUUUAGUGAAUCUAUGGUCAAUAGGCCGUGACCCGACUAUAUGGGAAGAGCCUUUGGUAUUUAAGCCUGAGAGGUUUUGGGGUUCAAAAAUGGACGUUCGUGGCCAGGAUUUUGAAUUCAUUCCAUUUGGUGCUGGUAGGAGAAUUUGCCCGGGGUUACCUUCGGCAAAUAGAACAUUUCCUGUAAUGUUGGCUUCAUUAUUGAAUUCAUUUGAUUGAAAAGCUGAAGGCGAUAUUGCACCAGAGGAUUUGGAUGUGGAAGAAAGGUUUGGCAUUACUCUAGCGAGAGCACGUCCUUUACGAGCUGUUCCUGUUCUGCUAUAACUGUCCGCUCCAGAUUAGCCAUGUAAGGCAUUGGGGAUUCUUGAUAUCAGUCAUGAAUAUUGAAGUUCCACAUGUUACUAUUAUCUAUAUAUUACCAUAUUAGUUUAUGAUUUGUUAUG